ACCCAGCUCUAGGGGUGAGAUGCUCGUUUCAGCACCGCGGACAGCUCCCGGUGAAAGCAGCCAUCGGCAGCGGGUCGGUCGUCUCCGCUGCUCCGAGGAAAAGGAAAGAAGAAGACAAGAACCCAUCUGAGAUUUAGUUUUCAGCCCGCCAGAAGCAGGACGGCAGGGUUUGGUUCCACUCAAUCCCGAGAAAAAGGCGACAUAUUGGUAGUGGCAGGCUACAGACAGAACCAUUACCGGACUCCCGAGGUUGGCGUGUGUGUGUGUGUGUGUGUGUGUGUGUGUGUGUGUGUGUGUGUGUGCGAUCAUAUGCGAAGUUUCUCGCCAGCGACAGGCGUCCUGCCUCCUCCUGCCUCCUCCUGCCUCCUCCUGCCUCCACCUGCCUCCACCUGCCUCCUCCUGCCUCCACCUGCCUCCUCCUGCCUCCACCUGCCUCCACCUGCCUCCUCCUGCCUCCACCUGCCUCCUCCUGCCUCCUCCUGCCUCCUCCUGCCGGCAGUUGGAGAGGGGAAUACACCAGCACCCUUCUUCUGUCUGGACUACAUCCUUUCGAGAAGUUGUCGGACUUUUCCCCUGGAUUUAGCCCCGUUCCCUUUGCGCACACAUUUCUGGAUCUGUGCCCAAGAGGAUUUUCACGACUUGGAUGAUCCUCCCAGAAGCAAACAAGGCAAAUAAGACAAGUUUCGUAUUUAAAAAAAAAAAAAAAAUUUAUUCGGUGCAAUAGGUUUCUUUCAGCCUCCGUUCGUUCCCUCCUUUUUUUUCUUUUUUUCUUCUUCCUGUGGCAACGGGAGUCCCACCACCAACUGAUGCGCGCCUUUGACGCGUCCGGAUGCGUCUCCUCUCUCUCUCGCAGCGCUGGUUCAGACUCUGAUUCUUUCCUCUCCUGCGAGCGACUCUUCCGAGUCUCUCUCAUCUAACAUUCACGGAGGGGACGCCCCUGAACUGCCCCCCCACCUCCCCUCAUUUCCGACAACUGCUUCAGACUGGUAGGUGAUGAUGGCAAUGGAUCGAUGCACGUCGCUUGUUCGUAAUGGUUGUGAGAUGAAGUCGCGGGCCCCGCAGCGCAGAUCAGACGUGACAACACAGUUUAGGCAACUUUUUUAAUUUUGAUUUUUCAUUUUUUUCUUUUUUCUUUUACACUGAUCCAUCCUCUCCCCCACACAACUUGCUGUAGAAAUAGGUGUGUCGCCGGCCCGUCUGUCUGCGGCCGUUCAUGACGGAGAGGAUGGCGCUGAGUGGGAACUGCAGGACUAACCCCAAAGAGCAGGCGUCCGUUCAGAACAGUUUCCCAGACGUGGUGGAGUUAAACGUGGGGGGGCAGGUCUAUUACACGCGUCACUCCACUUUGGUGAACAACCCGAGUUCGCUCCUCGGCAAGAUAUUCUCCUCCAAAAAAGAGGCGUCCAACGACUUGGCGAGGGACCCCAAGGGCCGGUACUUCGUCGACAGGGACGGGUUUUUGUUCCGCUAUGUGUUGGACUACCUCCGAGACAAGCAGGUCGUCCUGCCGGACCACUUCCCGGAGAAGGGCCGGCUGAGGAAGGAGGCGGAGUACUUCCAGCUGCCCGACCUGGUGAAGCUGCUGACCCCCGACGACGCCAAGCAGAGCCCGGACGACUGCUUCCACAGCGACCACGAGGACGGGUCCCAGGGCAGCGACCAGCGGCCGUGCCCGCCGCCCUCCCUCGUCCCCGCGGACAGGAAGAGCGGCUUCGUCACGGUGGGCUACCGGGGGUCGUGCACCGCGGGCCGGGAGAGCCAGACGGACGCCAGGUUCCGGAGGGUGCCUCGGAUACUUAUAUGCGGGCGCGUGGCCCUGGCCAAGGAAGUCUUUGGGGAGACCCUGAACGAGAGCCGGGACCCGGACCGGACCCCGGAUCGGUACACCUCCCGGUUCUACCUCAAGUUCAAGCACCUGGAGAGGGCGUUCGACAUGCUGUCGGAGUGCGGCUUCCAAAUGGUGGCCUGCAACUCGUCGGUCACGGCGUCGCCGGUGAGCCAGCAGCACAGCGAGGACAAGGUCUGGUCCAGCUACACGGAGUACGUCUUCUACCGUGGUACGUCACGUUGGUCCUCCCCUCCAUGUGACUGCUGCUGCAAGAACCACAAGGGCGACGGCGAAGGCGAGAGUGGCACCUCCUUUAACGAGCUUUCCACCUCCAGUUCUGAGAGCCAGUCAGAGGCUAGCUCUCCGCAGGGAACAAUCAUCUGUGGGCCGGUCAGCCGCCAGCCACACGCCCACGUUCAAACCCUGGACCGGCCACUGAAAAAGGGCCCCGUAGCCAUGCUCCAGCAGUCCGACCAGCGGCGGAAGAGUGACUUGCUGCGCACGCUGACGGCGAGCUCCCGCGACACCAGCACCUGCAAGAAAAGGCCGGCAAAAGAGAAGCUGACGGCCGAAGAGGAGCUGGACAAGUGCAUUCAAGACUUCCGCAAGAUCAAGAUCCCUGAGCGGUUCCCCGAAAGGAAGUACAUGUGGCAGGCUGACCUGCUGAGGAAGUACCGCCUCUGAGCCAGGAAACACGAGAGAGGGAGCAGAAACAUGAGGCCAAGGAUCAGUUUACAUGUUUUUUUGAUCAUGACUUUUGCAACAAAAGCAAGAAAAAAUAUAAAACUCAUACGAAUCCAGUUCCUGAGGGACAUUCCAAUGAUUUCUCAGUAGGUUAAAAGAUGGAAUGAAGCAUAAAAAACAGACUCUUAUUCACAUAUGUAUGGGUGUGUGUGUGUGUGUGUGUGUAGAUUAGGCCUACUGUAGGUAUUGUAAGUAUGUGCUGUACUUCGCUGAAUGCUUCGGAGCUUUGAAUAAUUUAUCAUUAAGGCCCAAUCGAAGAGGGCAAAAGACAUCCUUAAUGAACCCAUCAAUGACUCCAAGGCUUGCAAAUGGCUACAUUGGGAUUUACUGCGGGUUACUGCACAAACUGUCAUCUGUCAUCAUUCCACGAAAGAAAACCAACACUGGAGCCACAGUUUAAGUCCACAAAGACAAACAGUGAUUUAGUAUGUGAAUGUGUGUGUUUAUGUGUGGGAAUGUGUUCGCACCCAGGUGGCCUAGAGGUCACAGAUAAAUCUGCAUCGAGACCUAUUAAUAAUGCAUGCUGUCCCGACAGUGCUCUCACUAUAAAUACACUCAAAGGUCUCUGCUGCCAGGGAAGUGUAAACAGCUGGGUCAAUUACUUUACUUUUUUUGCCGACAUCUGUGGACCUCGGAGGCGGGAGGAGGCACGAUCUCAUCGGCACCACGAUUCAUUUUCUUCUUAUAAUAUCAUUUAUAUUGCACACGUACCCCGAGCGAAUCAAAUUGCCGUGCAGCGCAUUGAUUUUUUUUGCUGUGUCGGCGCGAUGUAGAGCAAUACCCCGGGUUACUGUGUUGGAGGUAAGUGAAAGAGUCAAGGAUUCAAUAUGAUGGCCACGCCAUGGGGAAAUACAGAGGUUCAAUAAAGAAAAGUCCUGAUUCAACGCACCUGUACACACACUUUUUCCAUUUAUAUCACAGGCUUUUAGCCCUCUUUACGCUACCACGCACUCACAAACAUUCAUUCCCACAUACAGACAUGUGGCGUGAUCAAUUGUGAGGUCAUGCAAACCAUCCUCAAUGUGACACCUGCAGUGAACACAGCCAGAAUGGGACCGAAUUGCUAUAUUUGCAAACCCCGGUCACGGCAGACGGAUGCUUUCUGCACCGACUGGUGACACGUUCAUCAAUACUUAUUGACGUCAGGGUGCGGUGAUACAGCAGAUAUAGCUGUGGCUCUUGUUUACAGUUAUUAAUGAAGCCCCGGGGUCACUGAUCAAGACAAGCUGUUCAUGUAUUCAGUGAAAAUUAGCCAUCAUUCAUGUGUUCACUUAUGUCCUCUUGGCUCUGACAGGGUCAGUGGGAUGUGUUGCAACGUGGUUACAGAAACAAACACUGCAGUGAUUUAAAAGAGCACAAUUUAAAUUUCCUACCAGGCUGUUUCAAAUUUGUUUAAUGCUCUUGUUGGAACAUAUACUGACGGAAGGAUUUAGAAUACAUGUCACAGUGCAAAUUUAAGGACUGACUCCAGUAAAUGGCGAAAGCACACAGACAUCCACCGAUGCUGGAACCAUCAAUAAACAGACAUUUCUUCUUAGAGUAAUGACGAAAAACUUUUCAACAAUUGUUGUCAGGUUGAUUACGUAUUUUACAGGUAGUGUUAUUAAUAUCACAAUCUCUGUUUUAGGAGAGAACAUAUAUGAAAAGAUUGGACUUGUACAACAGUCAAAACAACAAAGGAAACAAAUGCAUGACUGCAUUAGAGUUGAAGAUGUUAGACUCUUUUAUCGCUACACAAAAAUCUGAUGUUAAUGUUUUUGUAACUGAGGCCGUCUGGGGCACAUAAAAGGCAUGCUGCUACUUCAAAUACUGUAGAGGGAGGCUUUUCGAAACCCUCAGCACGUCAAAUGUAUGAGAGAAACUUGUGUUCAGAUUUCAGAUUUGACUUUCUGUGAGAAGAGGUAGCUGAAGGAGACGACUGGUAAAUCAACUGCUUGCAAAUACAUGCGUUUGUUGAUCACAGCUUCAGGUAAAAAUUAAAGGUAUCUAUGAAUUGUGUGAUAGACAGCGAUGAUGAAAAAUGUAGUGUGAGUUAUUGAUGAAAAUUCAUAAUAACCCUCUUGGUAGCAGAAGGAGAAGGAAAGCAUAUUCUAUUACUGAAAAAUUUGAUUGAACUUAUAUAUUUGUUGUAAAAGCUUGUGAAGGUGCAGAGGAGUGGGCUUUACAAACAAUCGCAGCUUUUUGCAAAGCACAAAUUACACAGUUUAACCCAAAGCACAUCCAAAUAUUAAAAUAUACAAAAUAUAUAAUUACUUAAAGAUCACUUUAUUUAAAAAUUUCCCUGAUAUGUUAAUAAAAACAGAUACUUACGAAAUGUUUUAUUAUAAUUAUUUUUCUAUUGAAAGAGCUUUGGAAUACUAUAUAACCAAAUGCCCUUAUUCUUCCCUUAAAAUUGAUUUCUGUGAGAAAAGUGGGUCGCAGGUUGUGAGAAGUUUCCAGUUCUAUUCAGUAGUGCACAUAUGUCUGCUAUGGUUUUAUAGUAAACAGUAAUAUGGUGUCAAUAGGUGCUAGAUACAAACCAACCAUUUUCCUCAUGUCAAUACAAGGAAUAUUACUUAUUUUUCUACGUUGCUGGAAUAUUACAUUUUCAUUUGAAAGCAAUUUAUCUUAUCAGUUUAAGUUGAAAUAUGUUAAUCCAGACUAAAUAUCAUAUGUAAAUAAAAACCAUAAAUCACACCUAACCAGAAUAAUGUAUUAUACUCUUUGUAUAUAACAUGCAAAGCCGUGAGGCGUGGCUGCAGCUCUGUUCUUAGUGAUGCAGUAGCCUGACGCUUAUGUAAUACAGGCAUUCUUGUUUUAUCAUUUGGAGUGUCAGGCCAUCGGGGAUGAGGAAAAAAUAAUACACACCCAUAACAUAUAUAUUUAUCAGGAUAACAAAUGAUGAGCUCUUUUUUUUUCAAGACAACAGUGUCAUAAAUGGACUGUCAGUACAUUUGUCCGAUGGUGCCACAGAGGAAGUCACUAGUCACCCAAACCUUCCAGUGACUCAAUUAUGUUUAGUCCUUUAAAAAACUGCCAAAACAAAAAUAAAUGCAUGUUCAAAAUUUAAAACUAUACAACAUUAACCCUGGAUUUCUUUUUUUUCUUUUUUUGUUACCGUCAGAAAUUGUUAGGACGGUGAUAUUUUUUGUUCUUUUGGCUCUGUACGCUGGAACAUUUGAUUUGAAAUUAAACUGUGGACGAAAAGUGAUGACUUUAACAGUCUUUGCUUUGCUUUUUGCUGUCAAACUUUUCCCCAAGUUAUAGGACAAGGCAGGACAAUGAUUCUUAACAUCCAUUCAUUUAAGGAACAAGGAAGAAAAAAAAAGUUUCUACGAGCAAAUACUUCUUGUAUGAUGAUCAAGUUGCUCAUUUAUUGUCAAUCCAACCAAUGAUGCAUUUUACUGACGAGGACCGUAAAUAAGGGAAGACAGCGGCUGUAAAGGCCUAACUAGUUCACACCAAACGUGGCACAAAUUUGUCACGCGAUGAUGUUACACACAAAUGCAAUGCAAGACGCGAAUAAUGCAAAAUUUGCUUCACUCGCUCAAGUUGAAAAUUUGGAACUCGAGCGGAAUAUUCGCGUGACGUGAUGCUGCGAAAGUCAGAUCCUCCCUACGUCAAUAACCUCCGCGUAUGACAGAAUGGAUGGAUAUACUGUGGUUGUGUUCGCUCUUGUUACUCCCAAACCCGCACAAGAUGGUGUGAACGCAAUGUAAAUACCCUCAGGUUAACGCAAAGGUGAGAUUCUGGGAUUGGUUGCAUGAACUGGUCUUAUGCCUGAGAGUUUUGGCAUUACGCGAGAGGAUGACAUAUGUGGUUGGCCAAAAUUACAUUUGAUAUUAAUGAAUAGGCCACAGUGAUUGCUUUUCCCAUCAUCAUUAAUGGAGAUCAUUGUCUAUCGGUACGUAAUUGGGCGUUCACAAAACCAGACGAAGUUGAGACUAGUUUUAAAUUUGGUUGGUGGAGCCGAUGUUAACUAAGGCAGAUUUAGCAGAAAAGACCAGUAAAGUCUUAGUGGAGACAAAAGUUAGUGAAACUGGGCCCAGAACUUUAAGGUCAAAUCGAAUGUGCUAGAGCGCAGAGACAACACACCUUGAGAUCAAUACAGGCCGGAAAACAGUUUUCCAGGUUGAUUUUAAUGAUGAUUUUUCAUGAUAGAUUUGUCCCCUUUUCCCAUUAAUUUGAUAAGCGAUAGAAGUCUUUGAUUUUCAAGGCGGGAUCACUGCAUAGCACUUUUGCAAAUGUUGUUCCAAAGUUAUUUUCGACACCUUCAAUACUUCGUCAUGCGGUGUUCAAAAUCCAGUUUAAGUGACAAAGCAAGCUGUUAUUGUAGGGAUCCUGUUUGCUUGACCCUGCCUGCCUUUUUAAAAAAAUGUGUUGGGUUUGUUUACUUUGAGAUGAUUCAACAACAGGGUGCAUCAGUCACGGAGAUGAUUAGACAUUGGAUACGAUUAGAAAUGCUUUUGAACAGACACGCAGUGAAAAUACCAAGACACCUGGAGGCCUUCUAGAGUAGACUACAGCUGUAUUUGCACAAUGUAUAAAAGUAGAUAAAGACACACAAACAAGAAAGUAUUUGAAAAAGAGAUAACUAUGUCAACAAUAAACUUAAAUGCACAAUGCAGCCACAAAUAGUGUGUCUGUCAUAUGAGAGAAAGAUUCAAACAUUUGUUGUAUUCAAUUUUCACCUUCAGAGCAUGUGCAGUGAUAUUCAGUUAUUUGGGCCAUUACAUGAACAACGGAUGAUGUAAAUCUUAUUGACAAAGAAUGACUGGGUGUCGUCUAGUUUUUUUGUCAAAUGUGAUGUUUGAAAAAGGUGGAGAGACUGAACUGAUGUUAAACUUGUCAAUUUCUGUUAUUUUGGAGUGACCGGCUACAGUCUGUGAUUUUCUUUCCUCAAGUCCUGAUCGUGCCCUGCAAGUGAAGCCUGUGCACACGAUUACGGGCGCUGUUAUUUUCCUCUUGCCUUUGAUGAGCCUGCGAAACCACAAAGAAAAAUCACAUUGUUCGGAUACCACCACGUUAGACCCAGCACACACUGUUCGAAAGACAAAGGGACGUCUGUUUUGAUGUAUGUUGUUCUGACGCAAAAGAGGAAGAAAAAAAACAAGAAGAAAAAAUGGUUCAGAAACAUUGUGAGCAUGUUGGUAUACAAAACUUAUAACAGAUUUAACUUAGUCUGUUUGUGUGAAAAAGAUUGUGUCACAAACCGAUAUUUAACAGAAAAAAAAAGAAAAACUUGCAAAAAAAGGAAGAAAAAAAAAAGAUAAGCACAAAUGUGUUGAUAGUGUCUGCUGUUCCUCCACAGUUAUAUAACAUUAUCAAAUAAAAAGCCAACUCUGCGGCGGGACAUGAGCGGGACCGAGCUUCUGCAAAACAGAGGGAUUCUCACCAGAGGCAUACAGCUGUGGAAUACUUGUUUCAGCAUUAAUCAUCUCUGCCAAAUACUACUUGGGCAGCUGAUUCAUGUAAAUCUGACCGCCAGCGCCUUUCUGACCUUUACAGUAAAUUAAACUUAGAUUAAUCAAAUUGAUAAUGAACUGUCAACAACUAAACAUCUGUGGUGAGAGUUGCCCUGUUCUCCAGGUGUGACGUCCCGUCGCUGUGUCUGCCUCUAGAGGCAAAACAGUUCAUCUGAGAGUGUUUAGAUACGAAGCAUAGUCUAGUAAUUUUGAAAAUGUAUGAGUACAAUGAAUAAAAAAGACAUUCUGUACAGCGA